AUGGCGCCAGCUGACGACAUCUUCGUUGGUUUCGACGUUUCCGACGACGACAAGCCCUUCCUCCUCAGCGUCCUUCGUGCUCCCGGCACACCGUUGGACGAGAAGCUAGCCAUCUACGACCUCGGCCUCCUCAGUGGAUACGAGGACUGGAACCUGAUGCUGGAGAGUGCGGCCGCAAUGAAGGACAGGGACCUUGCUCGCUCGCCGCUUGAUGCACGAGAUAUUCUAGCUUACAUCCCUCGAGUCAAAGAAGCCACGCUAGCCGCGGCGAAGCUGCGCCAGGGUUGGGCGGCCACUGACCAGUCCAUCAAGAACCUGACUGCACUGCUGCGUGUUCAUCGACCAAGCCACGCUGUCGAGCCCCAGCCUCCGUGUCCGUCUCAGCCCGCCACCAUUAAAAGGGAACGAGCUGUCAAGCGAGAGGUCGCUGUUCCCAAGCGCGGACGGGAGGAUGACGAAGAUGACGAUGACAACGACACCGAGCCGACACACCGAGCCAAGCGGCCCAGAGCCGCUCCCAAGCCAUCCAUGUCUCACUAUUUCGCCGAUGAGCAAUUGCCACGCACCGACAGCCCCGAACAGCAAACAGCUACUCCAUCGCCUGAUGACACGACCCAGAUCGUCAUCCCAACACUCAUUCGCAACGGCAUCGCCACGCCCAAUCCUACGCCCCGCAAGCAAUCGCAAGAAAAUGAAGCUAUCAAGGAAGGCACCACCAGUGUUCGAGGCACACUGCGUGCCAACGACGUCAAGACCCAAAUGGCUGGCGCUGCAGCUAGCAAAACCAAUGACGAUGACUCGAGCGCUUUAAAAGCCAGCGGCCCGCAGACAGCCGGGGGUCUUCGGGCGGAGAGGCCAUCCUGGCCAUCCCCGUGCAACAGCCCAUCGCCGACGAACUCGUCCGAAUUAUUGUCCCCCGAGGAGCUGAGACGGGUCAAGUCGGAGAAGUAG